AUGCCGCGAAAUGAACAUUAUCAAAACGAUAUUUUGUAUGUCAUGCAACCAAUUCGCAACUUGUUACUUGCGCUCGGCGCUUGGCCCUCCAUCAGAAAAGAAAGAUCUGUAUACCAGAAGACUUACAAUCUUUUGCUAAUUUGUAUAUCUUACACUCUUCUCUUUUGCGACUUUGUGCCCAGUAUCCUUUAUUGGUUUAUAGAGGCAACGUCGCGCAUUCGACUGCAAAUGAUCCCUUUUCUCUUCUAUGAUUUUAUGUCCGUUAGUCAAUAUGGCAUCUUUAUAUCUCGCUAUAAUCAACUCAAGCAGUGUUUGAUGCACGUUGAGGAGGAUUGGGAGAACGUUCUCAAUGCGGACGCACGAAACAUUAUGCUAAAAUCCGCGAGAAUAGGGAAACGCCUGAUUACGAUCUGUGGAAUUUUCAUGUAUAGUGCUGUCAUUACCUUCCGAACAAUCCUACCGUUGUUCCAGGGAAAGAUUAUCACCGAUCAGAACAUCACGAUAAGACACUUCUCCUGUCCGAGUUACUUCUUUUCCCUCGAUGUGCAAGUCACUCCUAUUUACGAGACGAUCUUUAUAAUCCAGUUUGUAAUAGGAUUCAUUCCAGUUUCGAUUGUGACAAGUGCAUGCGGCCUUACGGCGAUUUUUGUGGAACAUGCUUGCGGCCAAUUGAAAAUCUUGAUCAGUUUGAUGACAGCACUCGUACAGAAACAAUGGCAAAAGGAACAUGAAGUGAAUACAAAGCUAGCUGAAAUAGUGAAUCAUCAAAUGAGAGUGAGAAAUUUUUUACGAUUGGUACAACAUACCUUGCAAGAAGUAUAUAUAUUGGAAAUUGCAGUGAACACGGCGUCACUUUGUAUUUUAGUAUAUUUUAUGUUAGUGGACUGGGAAAGUAGAAAUAUAGCAACUGUAUGCACUUAUUGCAUAAGCAUUACAAAUGUGAUAAUUCACACGUUUCUAUUUUGUUACACCGGUGAACAGCUUACCAGUCAGGCAGAAAAGGUAGCCAUUGCUUCUUGCGAGCUUGAGUGGUUUCGUCUUCCGAACAAAAAAGCGCGUAGCGUCAUAUUACUGAUUCGUAUGUCUAACGCGCCAUCAAAGAUCUCCGCUGGUAUAUUUGUUGAUCUCUCGCUCAAGACAUUUGGUAAUCUUGUUAUUUACAACAUUAAAUAUGAUUAAUUGAAA